CAGCUGACGUCAUCGCGCAACGAUAGCUGCGCUUACGGACAACUAAACGAGGCACGUUUGUUUGUGGUGGAUGGUGAAUGACAGAGCGCUACUGAAGUUGCUGAAAGUGAAGUGUCUCAGUGCAUAAGAAGAUUUACACCGAGCACAGACGAAGAAAAAGGGAUUAACAAAAUGUCUUCUACUGAGCCCAUCAUCAGAUCGAGACAGACAGAGAAAGAAGUCAAUGGAAUUUCAACACAGGUCGUCUGUACAGAGUUCAGCAAUUACAUAUUCGUAGUUCUCACUCAGUAUGGCAAAAUCGGGACACUGAUGUCUGUCACACCUGACUCCAGAUCUAAUGAUAUCAGCACCCCAAUGUUCUCCACCAAAGUACUGCUGGGCAAAGAUGAGCCACUGACACAUGUCUGUGCCAAAAACCUGGCAACGUUUGUGUCGCAAGAAGCCGGCAACAGGCCUGUCUUACUGGGACUGGCACUUAAGGAUUCCUCCAUAGAUGCAAUAAAACAAAUGAAAGAGAUCAUCAAAAGUUGUCAAGUCUGGUAGGAAGUCAACAAAAUGGACAUGAAGCAUGAAGGCUUGAUGAAAUACAGGCCUCCUGGGUGUCCAGAAUGUCUUGUUUUUCUUCUGUGUCUUUUUAAAUGGAAAAGGAUUUUACUCUUUACUAAAUACUCCAAGACAGAAAUGUAUAAAUCCAAUUUCAUUUACUCUGAUCUGAUUUGUUGAGACAGUAAGGAAUGUCUUCUGGAAAACAUCAUUUAGAGUUUAUCUGGUUGUAAAUAAGAUUUCCUGCAAGCCACUGCUCUCAAAAACUGAGGAAUGUGUAUUGAUUGAAGUAAUAGUUUGCAAAUGAUGUACAAUAGCUCCAGUUUCAUCACUGUACAAAAUACGUAUUGACCUUACUGUUUUUGUUUUGUAAUUUGUAAUACUUUAUACUGUUCGUGUUUUAGAAUGCAAAUAUUCUAAAUUGUUCCAUGAAGAAAAAUUUUGAAAUAAAGCAGGUCACUUCUAAAA